UGCCUGAUGACUCGGUGCCCACUGUCUUGCCAGAUGACUCGGUGCCUGCUGUCGAGCCAGAUGACCUGAUGCCUGGUGACCCGAUGCCCGCUGUCGAUCCAGAAGAUCCAAUGCCUGAUGACCCAGUGCCCGCUGUCAUGCCUGUUGACUCGGAGCCCGCUGUCGUGCCGGUUGACUCAGAGCUCGCUGUCGUGCCUGGUGACUCGGGGCCCGCUGUCUUGCCAGAUGACUCGGAGCCCACUGUCUUGCCCAGGUGACUCAGGGCCUGCGGUCUUGCCAGAUGACUCGGGGCCCACGGUCUUGCCAGAUGACUCGGGGCCCGCCUGGUGGCCCGGUGCCUGCCGCUCCACCUGAUGGCCCGGUGCCUGCUGCUCCGCCUGGUGAUCCGGUGUUCAGCCCGAUGUGCCUCUGUCCGGUGCCCAGCCCAAUGUGCCUCUGUCCGGUGUCCAGCCCGAUGUGCCUCUGUCCGGUGCCCAGCCCAAUGUGCCUCUGUCCGGUGCCCAGCCCGAUGUGCCAGUCUUUGAUAUCCCGCCAGUUACCGGACCUGGGAUGUGGAACAUUUUGCCCAGCU